GGAGGGUUGGCUGGAGGACCGAAUGGCAGCUUUUACGCAGAGGGUAGUCUCACCUGCUGAAACGCACUUCACCAUUCAGCACUACAGAGCACUCUUCCGCGCUCCCCUCCAAUUAAUAAACACGCCUGCGAGGUCAGCGCUUCGUUUCGCUUCUUCGGGGUUGUUUUGUUUUGUCUUCAGCUCCAUUUUGAUGCGACGAGCUUGGUUAUCCUAUCGUGACCCCAGCGUAUGGAUCGUCUUUGCCCGAGUAGGCGAACAAAGCGCAUCAAGUCUCUCCAGAGAGGUGCCUCCCCCCCAAAAUCUCGGAUUUUUCUCAGUAAGUAGGCUACUCGGGAUAGCCAUUUGGCAUUUAUCGACUGUUUUUCUUGUUGUAAAGCUGCCUUGUAUCUAAUUCAGUUGGAAAGAACUCGCUAUUAAAGAUGGAUACGGUAUUUCUUAGUCCGACGGAUAGGCAUUUAAUUUAGGGAACACCCGAUCCCACUGUUGGACAAAAAAUAAUGGGAAGAUUUUGGAUAGCGCUGGACACCUUAUUGGUUUCCUGGGAGUAGAACAGGCCCGUGUCGAUGCUCGAAAGCAAAAAAAAAAAAAAAAAAAAAAAAGCUCACCACGGCAGACUACAUCCAAAUACUUCAUUUCCAAAGGCGUGAAUUGCUAUAUGUGAAAAACACAUCCGUGCGCUGAUACAAUAUACUGACAAGCACAUUACGAACAAAAACUAUGGAGCACACUGGGAUCGAGGAGGUGAACCAGACUCACCAGCAGCAGCAUGAACCCAUCAGCUUCGGCAUCGACCAGAUCCUCAACAGCUCGGACCAGUCCAGCGGCUGCAUGCUCCCUAACCGGACCGGUGACCCGGAUUACGCGCUGGCCUCUAAUGUCUACAGCAACGGGUACAACAGCGUCUACAACCCGGCCUGCUCCAUGGCAGCAGCAGCGGGUUUAGCCGGCUCCUAUAAUGUCAACAUGAACAUGAACGUCAGUAUGAACAUGAACAUGAACGUUAACGUGAACUCUGGAGGUGCAGGUGGGGUAAUUCGGGUGCCGGCGCACAGGCCCAUGCCGCCUCCGCCACCGCCACCCGCCGCUGCUGCUCCUCAUCCACCCCCAUCGACGCAUCCACCGGGCAUCGGACCCGGCAUCCCCUCGAUGCCGGGGAUGGGAAUGGGGAAUGCAGCAAACUUCACAUUUCCGUGGAUGGAAAGCAGCAGAAGAUUCGCCAAGGACAGAUUAACAGCUGCCCUCUCGCCCUUUUCUGUGACCCGUCGAAUCGGCCACCCGUACCAGAACCGGACGCCACCUAAGAGGAAAAAGCCUCGCACCUCCUUCAGCCGGGUGCAGAUCUGUGAGCUUGAGAAACGUUUUCACCGACAGAAGUACCUGGCAUCGGCCGAGCGUGCCACCCUGGCCAAGGCACUGAAGAUGACGGAUGCACAAGUUAAGACCUGGUUUCAAAACAGGCGGACAAAAUGGCGGAGACAGACUGCAGAGGAGAGGGAGGCUGAGAGGCAGCAGGCCAACCGGCUGAUGCUGCAACUUCAGCAGGAAGCUUUCCAGAAGACGUUGAGCCAGCCACUGCAGCCGGACCCACUCUGCCUGCACAACUCCUCCCUCUACGCCCUGCAGAACCUGCAGCCCUGGGCAGAAGACAAUAAGGUGACCUCCGUCACCUCUGUAGCAUCUGUAGUGUGAGCGUGUGUGAGUGUGCGUGUGUGUGUUUAGAAGAGAAAGGGAGGGAAGGGCAGAAAACAGAAUGUCUUGAUCAAAGUGUCGUGAGUGUGAAUGGACACAAGAGAGGAAUUUCUUCCAAGACUGACAUUCAAAAACUCAGAACCAUUUUGGGAUAUCAUAGAUGCAGGAUGCUUACUUUGGAAAAAAAAAUCAAAUCAAAUAAUGGACAAUGUGCUUAUUCACUCAUUGAUCGUUACCAGCAACAUGGUGGGGAAGAGUGUGUAGAGAGAAAGACACAGCUAUCGGUUACUGACCAGACCUGCAAAACACUGUUUGCGGACUUCACAGCACAGGAGCCGCACUUACAUUGAUGUUUGUCAAAACUAAGCAAGUCUAAAACUGUUAUCUUAAAUAUCUAAAGCAUGUUGAGUAAUUUCCUGCCUUACACCAAGUUUCCGCUCUCCCUUCAGCUGUCGGUCUAAAAGAGAAGAGGGCACUUUAUCCCUAAGUGCCAGGAAACAAAUGGACACCUCUGUACAUGCCCAACUGUCAAGACUGUACCCUCUUUUGCCUCUGGAUCCCUCACAAGGUGGCAGAGAGACUCUUUGCCAAUAAUGGCAAAAAGAGACCUCGUGUUUUCGCUUUUGACUUUGUAACAAUGUAGUAAAUGCAUGUUUCAACCCUUUUCUGUGUGCACUCGGAUGUACCAUUGAAGUCAGCGGCUGCUAAGGUGGAUCUCCUCCCCAACUGCAGUGUUCAAAUGGUAGUGGAUUGGUGAAAGCCCUGAUCACGGAUUCCUCAUUAUGUCGAAUUUAAAGGUGUUUUAUAUUAAAUAAUAUUGUGACUUUUUGAAAAGAUGACAAACCUCUCCGUUUUUCUUGCCUCUUAUUGUCUUGUUGGGUUCCCUCACUCACUUCCUGUUGUUGUUUGUCACCAUUAUGAAAACUGUGCAAUAAUACUUUAUGAUUUUAGGGAUGUAGUUAGCCUCAUGGGAAUUGGCUAUGAUUACACAUUAAAGUUUCAAACCACCCAAAGGUAAGAUACCAUCAAACUGUAUGAGUAGGACAGAGCAAUACCUUUUUUUAUCCAUAAAAACUGAUGACUACAGCUCCCAUGUGUGAACGUGAAGCAGGGCGUUGCCGAAAAAACAGCAAGCGUGCUCGGCAAAAGCCUCCCUGGAUAAAUAAAAGGUUUGAAAACCGAUGCCAGCUCAAAUUAGAGUGAGAGUACAUGAGAAAGUACGAGCUGUGCCUGUGCCAAAUGAACAUCUGAAAUGCGGCAGCCUGAUUUUGUUUGUAUUUUUGUUUUACUCCACUGAACUGCGAGGACUUAACGAAGCAGUUGGCCAGUGAUUGGUGCAGGAAACCAAGCAACAAAUGAAAGGCUAACAAGUUUAGCCUUUUUCUGUGGGUCACUGAUUGAGAUAGCGUCUGAACAGCAGGGAUAGCAGGGAACAGCUGAAACUAUCGGGGGCCAGAUAUCUUGUUUAAUAAUGUCAUUCCUUCCUUCAUUCCAGCACAAAAAAAACAUAUUUCAUAACCGAGUGAGAUCAACAGUUACCUUAAACAAGAAUUUUGAUGUUUGAGUUCAUUUGCCUUUUACUGUAAUCCAGCAGGAAUGCAAAUCUCAACCCUAAAUAAUCUCCCAAAUACCUGUUGCCUUUUUUAUGGUUAAUGUAUCUUUAUGUUUCGAAAGAGUUUCUUCUUUUGGCCAAAAAGAAUGCGAUUAAACUUAAACUUACGGUAAAUGUACAAGCGGAAUGCCAAAAGACAGCACUAUUAUUUAGAAAACGAAAAACAAAACAUCCUCUAUUGGAGAGUAGCCAUUUUUGGUGUUUGCCUCCAUUGUUGUCUGGGCGAAUCGUGGCCACCUGCGCACCAGACAGUCGUAAACAUUUGUUAUCAACACAUCCAGCCUAUCGUGCUUAUCGCCCAAGUCAAAACAAAAACGACCUAGGCACAGUAAACACAUCAUUCAGGUUCCCUGCUUGUAAAUGAGCCUUCAACACAAAGAACGUCACAGGAAAUGGGCCUUGUUGUGCUCUAUCUUCUUUCCUUAACAGUGAGCUACUCAGUUCCUUUGGACUGUAAAGCAUAACAUCAACCUCCUGUUAAUCUUGGCUGUACCUGCCACUGAAAAAUACCUAUCAGAAGGCCUGUCCCUUUCCUGCUUUUUUGAGAUCUGCCUGUUUGAGCCUUGCCUUUCUCUUAGAGCAGCUUGAUGAUGUGGUUCAAAACAGCUGUCUGCAGCUGCAGCCACCCUCAACAACCCUCUGUUUUCUCAGAGGCAUAGUGCCAAUGUUUAGUCAGUUUCCAGAGCGUCUUGCCUGGUUGAGAUCGUGUCAAUAACAGCCAGCUCUCCAGGUGAAUCCUCCUCAACCCCCACUUCCUCCGCUCCCUGCUGCUUUCAUCUCUCUAUCUCGAAUGCCUUGAAGACGUGACUUGGCCCAUUUUAGAAAAAUUCCUUCCUUUUACCGUUUUCAAAACUGCUCAUUGUGUUUUGCUACAGGUGCUUAAAGAUUUUUUCCUCCUCUCCUAUCGUGGCACUGGAUUUUUUUUCUCCCACCCCCCUCUCUGUUGCCACUGAGGAGCCCUGUCCUUAUCCAAUAAAAUGUCACCACACAAGAUGAACAAGAACAAAGAGGCUCAAGGUAUAUCAGACUUCCUAUCAAGCAUUUUGUUUUGAACAGGAGAACCAUAAACGCAAAAAGUACUCACCACGUUGUGCUGUCUCCUCCAAUCAGCUGUUUCCAUUCUUGAGAAAUGCAGUAAACAUUUAAGCCGUUAUCAGGCAGUUGUUGACGCUUCAGUGGGUUUAGCUUUUCGAGCAUUGAAAGUUUGACUUCUAUAGUAUGAUUAUCAAGUCAGAUCUGCUCUUGUGCAAUAAAUAUUUCCUACUUGUUAUCACCCUACAUAUUUUAGUGUCGAUAUAUACAUCUAU